AUAUCGUAACCUCGUGAUUUCAGUUUCCUCUUGAGGAUUUUAGCCGUUUUUAAAAAGGAAACGAACCUCCUAAUCAUGUCUCGAAUUGGCAUUUUCUUACGCGAAUACGCUUCCGUGUAGUCCAAGAAACGAUCGAAACCGCCGACGGAGAAGCCGCCUUCGACAGGAAUGCCCGCGCCUCAAAUCGAGAACCACGACGAAUUUCCGUCCUUGAGUGAGGCUCUACCGGGAAAAAGAAGUGCGACUCCUGCACCGGAUUCAUCGAAAAUGCCCGAGAGAGAGGUCUUGGCAGAGGAAGCCGUCUGCGUCGAUGGCACUACCUACUAUAUCCAAGCCGGCGCGGCCCUGUGUGGAAUUCCCGACGCAAUAUCGCCGAUCGCUCUUGGCUCGUCAUAUACAACACAGAAGGAAACGUCGGGUCAUAGACAGUUCCCUGGCAGGGCGUACUCCCUGUACGAAGGGAAUCUCGAGUAUCCCACGGUAUUCCUUCCCAAGAACCUCCGUCAGGCCGUAUACGAACGUCUGGACGAGUACCGUUCGUAUUUGUUCUUGCCGGAUCAGCAGACCUGGACGCUUUGCGAUAACUUCCAGAUUUACGGGAGCAUGGAAAAGCAAAGCGGAUUAGUCCACGGCAAGAAGAACCUGGUGUACAUAUCGAGGCACCGCGAAAACGGAGACUUCUACAUAAUUCGUCGAUUGAUCGAUUUCGUUCUGAGGAACCAGAGAGCUGUCAACAUCGCCAGCAAAUGGCAAACUAUCGACCACCCGAACGUGGUCCGCUUACAUUCCGUCACGACGACCCGGGCUUUUACCGAUCAGUCCGUGCUCUUCGCUUACGAUUUUUAUCCAAAUGCUAUGACUUUGGAAGCAUUCGUUCAAAACGAGAGUUCCCUACUCACGCGGGCUUAUCUGCGAGAAUCUUGGAAGAGAAGCGCGUCUUGA